AUGCAGAAAGCACUUCUGAGCACCUGCCUCCUCUUGGCCCUGCUUUCUCCAGUGACAUCUCUGGAAUGUUCUGACUGUCAUAGUAGGGCAACUUCAUGUGAAAACAAUGGAUCCACGCUCUGUUACUCUAAUAAAAUCUGUGUUUCUGGUGUUCUGGAUAACAAUAUAGAAUCAAAGUAUAAAGUGGCAACUUUCCGGGGAUGUAGUAAGUCCGAACGUUGCCACUCAGGUGAUUACAGUUUAACUUCAGCCAGUGGUAAAUACCUCCAGAUGAAGGUCUUCUGCUGCGGAACAGAGAAAUGUAAUAAGGAACCUCUGUAUGUUCCACCUCGUGAGGAUCUUUCCCCCAAUGGUUUAGAGUGCCCAGCCUGCUUCGACCUCACCUAUUUGCGAUCAAAUUUCAAUUGCGAAAGUAAGGGGACUGUCAGCUGCCUUGGCAAUGAGACCAAGUGCAUUGACUAUACUUCCCUGGCUUCAUGUGAGUAUUAUUUCCAAUCAAAAUUGAAACUCAAAGGCUGUGCAACUGAAGACGUCUGUGCCCUUAAUGGAAAAAAGAUUACACUUGGCCGUUUUAAUUUGGAUAAGAUUAUAACCCAAUGCUCUGAUGCCACAAAGCAGAUUGAGCUCGAAGGGUAGGUAGGAGAGAGGAAAGAUCUCCUCCUUGUCAAUUCACCG